AUGACGCGGCGAGUCCUGGCGCUGCUGGGCGCUCUGGGCGCGGCUUCUUGCGCCUCGGCGGAGCCCUUCGCCUCCUCCUCGGACGCGUCGUACGUGGUGCAGCUGCACGCAAGUCGAGAUGGCUACACGCCGCCUGAGAGCGGUGCGAACGUCCGCUCGCAGCUCAUGACGACCGAGUCGGGGCAACAGUUCGAGUGCUUCUUGCCGUCUCUAACCGCGGACGCGACGGACGAUUUAGAGACUGCAGCAGCGGAUUCUCUAACCGCGGAGGAGGAGGAGGAGAAGGAGCAGAAGGCGGCGUUUCUGGCCUUCGGCCGGGCCGCGGCGCAAAAAGUGAGACCCAAGUGCGUCCAGUACGUGGAUAAAGACACCGACUGGGUCUACGAGGUCUGCUCGGGUCUGUUAAUUCGUCGCGUGGUUGCCGGCCACGAAGUGGAGGAACUCGGCGCGUUCGUGUCGGACGCAAGUCGGCCCGCUCUUAACUACGACGAGUUCGCCAUGCCCGAGACGCAGGACCGCGUCAAGAACCACCGCAAGCCGCUGUUUACGCAGACGUUCGGCAAGGACGACCAGCAGAUCCAGGUGCAGUUCAUCUGCAGCGCCACGGCGCGAGACGACGCAGUGUCUGCGGUGCAAUGGAGGGGAGAUUCACCUAACGGUGGUCCGCGUGAAGUUGCCGCCUUUUUGGUGGGCUCUCGCGUGUUCUGCGACCCGCAACACUCGGACGCCGACGACAACGACCUGUUUACGGUGCGCUCGCUGCUGCAGCCGCUGGAGGACGCCCACACGUGCGUGACCCGCAACGAAGGCUGGUGGACGUACGAGUUCUGCUUCGGCCGCUCGUUGAGACAGUACCACCGCGACGGCGACGGUCGGAUCACGGCCGACUUCUCGCUCGGCACGUUCGACACGACGGCCAACCGCGAGUUGGAGCGCUCGGGCUCGGCGCUCGUGUCGGAGCACAUCGACGCCACGCACGACGUGUCGAGGCCCGCGUACCUGGAGUUGUACGACCACGGCACGUUCUGCAAGGAGUUCGAGAGCCACGCCCCGCGCAAGGCCAAGGUGUUCUACUACUGCAGCCAGGGCGGCACGAGCCACCACAUUCUCACGGUCAAGGAGACGCAGACGUGCAGCUACACGGUCAAGGUGUCGUCGCCCGUGCUGUGCGACCACCCGCACUUCCUCAACGACGAGCAGAAGAGCGACCAGCAGGCCGAGGUCCUGCACUGCAUCCCCGUGGCGGAGCCCGCAGCAGCAGCGGCGGACGAGCAGUAA